AUGACUGAGACCGUUCCGGGACCUCGUGCCCUACCAAUCAUCGGCAAUCUUCUCGAUAUCUGGGAAGAUCGAGCCAUCCCCAUCCGCGGCCUUGAGCGUUUUGCAGGAAUCUACGGCCCAAUCUACCAGAUAACCGUCAACGGGAAACGGCGUAUCGUGUGUAGCUCUGCAAGACUUCUUGAAGAGAUGGUUGACGAGAGACGUUUUGUCAAAAUCCCACCUGCGAGCAUCUCGGAGAGACCAGGCCCCAAAGGACUGUUCGCAGCGCGCAAUGAAGACCCAGAUUGGGGCCAGGGCCACCGAAUCCUCAUGCCAGCCUUUGCCCCUUUGUCUGUCCUAGAAAUGUUCACGGACAUGAAGGACAUCGCAAAUCAGCUGAUUCUUUCCUGGGCGAGGAAAGGGCCAGAAAACAGGAUCCUGGCUACCGAGGAUUUCACCAGGUUGACACUGGACACAAUCGCCCUCUGUACCAUGAGUUAUCGCUUCAACUCGUUCUAUCAAGAUACCAUGCACCCAUUCGUUCAAGCGAUGAACCUCCUCUUCUCUGAAAACACCGCAAAGACGAGCAGACCCAGUUUCAUUCAAAGUCUGCUGUUCAAGACCAACGCAGAAACCGCGCAGGCUAGAAAGGUCUUGGUAGAGACAGGAAAAAGUAUCAUCGAGAGUCGCAAAGCCAAUCCGGUCGACAAGAAGGAUGUUUUGAACACUAUGAUUUAUGGAAAAGACCCUAAAACAGGAGAGGUCAUGCGUGACGCACUGAUUAUCGAACAAAUGAUCACAUUUCUUAUUGCUGGCCACGAGACCACCUCCGGGCUGUUGUCCUUCGCCACAAUGCAACUGCUGAAGAAUCCUGACACCUACCUCAAGGCACAGAAGGAAGUUGACGAAGUCAUCGGGAACCGAUCCAUUGAGGCCAGCGACAUCAGCAAAUUGAAAUACUUGAACGCCGUGCUGCGCGAGACCGCCCGCCUCACUCCUACAGUCCCUGUUCUCCAGAAGCAGAUUAAUCCGGCCAUCGUGCAUCAGAUAGUCACUGUCGACAACGGCAAGUAUAGGAUUGAGGCAAACGAUAACAUUGUCAUACUGCUGGGCAAGGCGCAGAAGGAUCCGAAAGUAUGGGGAGACACCGCGGAAGAUUUCGAUCCUGACAGGAUGUUGGACGAGAACUUUGACAGAAUCACAGCAGAAUAUCCUGGAUGCUGGAAGCCAUUCGGAAACGGGAAACGAGCCUGUAUCGGGAGACCCUUUGCCUGGCAAGAGUCUAUGCUGGUCCUUGCAAUGAUACUCCAGAACUUUGAUGUGAAGCUUGAUGACCCCAACUACAAGCCAGCCAUCAAACAAGCAUUGACUAUCAAGCCGGACGACCUUUACAUCAGAGUCACACCUCGCAAAAAUAUGGAUGCCACCGCAAUGGACCUUUCGAUACACAGUAGAAGCACAACUGACCCUCGAGUCAGCUCGUCCUCAUCCAAAAAGGAUGCAGAGGUGUCUCGAUCCACAAAGCCGAUGACCAUUCUAUACGGCUCUAACACAGGCACUUGCCAAGCUUUCGCCCAGCGGCUGGCAGCAGAUGCAGGAUCGCACGGGUUUCACGCCAAUGUUCAAGACCUGGACAGCGCCACGAACGCGUUGCCGAAAGGCCAUCCGGUGAUUCUCAUCACUUCGUCCUACGAAGGCCAGCCACCCGACAACGCUGCCAGAUUCAUAGAGUGGCUCUCGAACUGUGAGCCGGGAUCUUUGGAUGGCGUGCAGUACACAGUCUUCGGUUGCGGCCAUCGUGAUUGGAGCCAGACUUUCCACCGCAUUCCCAAGCUUGCUGACCAACUCCUGGAGAAAUACGGUGCUAAACGGGUCGCUCCUUCGGGCUUUACCGAUGCGUCGAAAGGUAACAUGUACGGCGAGUUCGAAGAAUGGCUGGAGAAUUCUCUCUGGACAGAAGUCUUCGGCGGUCAGAGCGGUGCGGCUCCAGCUGAGGCGACACACGUUGACAUAUCUACAAGUGCACGGGCCUCAAGUCUCCGAUACGAUGUCUUCCUGGCAACAGUCAAAGAAAAUCGAGUACUCACCAUGGAAGGCGAACCGGUCAAGUGCCACAUGGAGAUCGAACUCCCUCAACACGCUACCUACGAGUGUGGUGACUAUGUGGCCGUCUUGCCGCUCAACUCUGAGAAACACGUAAAAGAAAUCAUGGCAUAUUUCGGCUUGCCAGGAGAUGCUGUCGUUACCAUCAGGUCGAGCGGACCAUCAACCAUUCCGGUGAAUACGCCACUGUCGGUGUUUGAUGUUUUGCGAAGCUACGUUGAAUUAUCUCAGCCUGCGACAAAGAAGGGCCUCAAGACACUUGCAAAAUACGCCGACCAUGCCGACGACAAAACCUACUUGGAGAAUCUGAUUGUGGACAAUGCUCGCUUCGAAUGUGAAAUCACACAAAAGAGAACAAGCCUAAUCAACCUGCUCACCGAGCGUCCAUCUGUCAAAUUGCCUUUUGGUGAGUUCCUCAGCCUUUUACCGCCGUUACACGUCCGCCAGUACUCGAUCUCCUCAUCACCUCUCGCGAACCCCAACGUCUGUUCCAUCACCUACGGAGUGAUUGACACCGAGGCUUUGUCGGACACCAAUCAACGCUUUGAAGGUGUUACCGGAACCUAUCUGCGAGGGUUGCAAGCAGGGGACACGAUUCAAAUGAACAUUCGGCCAACAGCGAAGAAAACAUUCCGCCUUCCUGUCGACCCAGAACAAACUCCGUUGCUCAUGUUUGCCGCCGGGACAGGAGUUGCUCCCUUCCGAGGGUUUCUCCAAGCACGAGCCAUUCAGAUGGAAUCGAAUCCCGGCCGGAAAUUGGCGCCGGCCCUCUUGUUCCUGGGCUGCCGAAGUCAAACAAAGGACAGGCUUUACGCCAAGGAACUGGACGAUUGGGCUGAGAAAGGAGUCGUGGAGAUCAAAUACGCAUUCAGCAGGGAGAAGGAAGCUUCUCUAGGCUGUACGUACGUGCCAGACAGGAUGCUUCACGAUGCAGAGGAGAUUGUCACCCUCUGGAGAAGAGGCGCUCGAGCGUACGUUUGCGGGACCCGAAUCUUCUCCGAAGGUGUGCGCGACGCCGCGAAAAGGAUAGCCGUCAUGGUCAGAGAUGCUGAGCACGGUCGAACAGAUGCUGAACUGAAGGAGCUGGAGCAACAUUUUCGCGAGGCUAUGCAGACCAGAGUGGCCAGCGAUGUUUUUGAUUGA